CAAAUAAAAACGAGUAACGAACGGGUGAAACGUUAAAACAUAGUUUCCUCGCAUAUGCUCAACCCCGCACGCCUCAUCGUCACCAUGGACGAACCCUUCCCGACCACCGACCCUCUUACGAACCAAUUCGGAUCUCUCAACGACCUAGUACACGAGCUUGCUACUCUCCAAGACCUCGCUACGCGCGGCUCCUGGCGUUCCAUCCUCGACAAAGUUUCCCUAGCCCGUUCCCUCAACCUCCUAACCAACCCCCACGACAACCUCAUCUACCUUUCCUACAACGUCCUCGCCCUCUCAAAAUUACGCCGCUUCACCGACGCUUCAAACGAACUCGACUCUCUCCACGACUUCAACAGCCACCAUUACAAAUACGAAACCUACCCUCAACUUUACCCGAACCGCUCUGGUUCAAUGGUCCCCUUUUCUCUGCGGUUCAUCCAAGCCCAACUUCGGAUUAAGCUUGGGAACCGCCAAGAAGGGUUAGAUCGGUUUUAUCUUUUGCUUAAUUUUAUUUGUCAGAAAAUAAAAGAAAAAGAAUGCAAUAAUUUAGAGGAGUCUGUCAACAUUUGGAAAAAAAGGGAAAAUUUUGUUCUAAAUUGUUUAAUUGGCCAUCAUUUGGGGGCUAAGGAAUUCAAUGUGUGUUUAGAUUUGAUUAAGGAUUUGAUUAAUCGUGAUUAUUUAGAUCCAGUUUUAGUUUCCAAAUUAGGGUAUAUUCAGAUGCAGAUUGGGGAUCUUAAAGGGGCAAAGGGGUCAUUUAACCGUGUAGAGACAAUGUUAAAUGAAGGGAAGAAUGAUGGCUAUUCUUUUUUGAGUGAGGUUGAAUUUAGGAAUCUAGUGAAUAGAAACAAGGCCUUGGUUUAUUUGGUGGGCAAAGAUUAUGUUUCUGCAGUGAGGGAAUACGAGGAGUGUAUUGAAAGGAAUAACACAGAUGUUGUUGCGAUUAAUAAUAAGGCGCUUUGUUUGAUGUAUUUGAGGGAUUUGUCUGAUUCGAUUAAGGUAUUGGAGAAUGCACUUGAAAGGGUGCCUACCAUGGCAGUGAAUGAGGCUAUGGUGAUCAAUUUGUGUAGUAUGUAUGAGUUAGCAUAUGUCAAUCACUCGGAGAUUAAGAGGACUUUGAGUAAUUGGAUUGCACGUGUUGUGCCCGAUGAUUUUGAUGCGUCCUGUACCAGGGUUUGAGCCUGUAGGUGAAAUAUCUUAGCUUUCCACAUAGCUGGCAAACUAUCUAGGAGGUGAUUCAUUAAAGCAGUGUUUAUUUUCUCUCUCUCUUUUCUCCCUUAUUCUCUUAAGUGGUCUAAGAGGUUUCUUGACUCCUUGAAUAUGACUGAAAUCUUUUAUCUAGAAUUUCCUGUUAUUUUUACCAAUGAGAUUAAAUGAUAUGCUAACAUUGUCUUUGUUUUUCAUCAAUAUAAUAGUGGAUUCUGCAAAAGUAUGUUCUCUACCUAGUUGUCAUUAUAUGCCUAUUUUACGAGGUAUUGUCCUAUUUUACGAGGUAUUGUCUUAUAUUUUUACUUGAUGUUGUGUUGAAACUUCUGAUACAUCCAUCAUCUUUUAUUUUGGUUCAUAACAAUAAACAGCCAAGUCUCUUAGAAACCACCAUUUGAGAUACAAUUUUCCCUUCUGGCAAAAAGGGGGAAAAAAAAAGAUACUAUUUCCCCUCACAUCCAAAUCACCAGAUUAUGAUGGUAUUUUCUUUCUCUAAAAUGUGAUGGUACAUGUAAGUAUUGGUAUUGGGAUACUGCAUAUGAACCAAUAUGGCUGUUAUAAGGUUUCUAAUGGGCCAUUUACCCUUGAAUUAAUAAUCUAUUUUCAAAGGUGGGAAAUGUUGAGUUGGAAGUAUAGAGCGGGUAGGAAAUUGGAUGAUAGAAGUAGGAAGUAUAAAGCAGAGAGUGAGAAGUAGGAACUGGAAUCAAAUCUUCUUAGUAGAUGCAAGAGGAUGUAUGGGAGUUUUCUCAUUGCCAAAUGACUCUCACACCAUAUAUACAUAGAAUUAGUCUGAGAGCACUUAAUGCGAUCAAUGGGAAAGUGUUAGCUCAUUCUGUAUUAAGAGUAAAGAUGAUCAUUAUAAAUUUUAGCAAUUAGAUGUUACUAUAAGUUUGUGAUAGAAGGUGGGGCUAGUGCCUUCUGUGAAAUAUGACACAUGAGACACACUUAUGAACUUCUGAGAAAGGUUAAGGGAAGAAUUCUUAACUAAGUCCAUGGUCGAGCCAUCAAACAAAGCUUCCUGUAACAUUCCUAAAGACAUGCAGUUAACCAAAGUAUUCUGCUACUAGUCUUGGUGUUGAUGUCAGUCAUGUUCCAGAACGUAAGUAGGUGGUAGCUGUAAAACAUGCUUAAGAACUUAUUUAAUUUGGUAAAUUUACAAUUGAUAAAGAACAAAGUAUCAAUGUAGAUUAAAGGCUGCUUCUUUGAAUGGUGGUUCACUAUAAACUAAAAGCAUUUAGAAGUAAUAAACUGAAGCAAGUAACAUUGGUUGUUUUGGUCCUUUUACUGUCUUUAUAUUUCCUUCUUUUGCUUUCUUAAACCUCAUUUCAACAAUUCUUUUGGUGUCCUUUCUGGUCGGAUGAAUUGCUGAAUUUGGGCAGGUUUUAAGGAGUAAAGACGACAGAGCAGAGGUUUGCUAGGUCAACUUUUUGUGCUCUCUAUUUUAUCCCUAGUCGAUUCAAUUUAUGGCAGCCCGAAGCUUGUAGAAGUAAUACUCAUGUUUACUACCUCAUUAGUGGUUUCCUUUCUUUUAUAAAAGGAGAAUACAUAGUGAUUUCUUCAACUUGCCCAGCUAACCCCCAAGUGACACACUCGUACUUUAAAUUUAAGAUUUUGCUACUUUCCAUAGAACUUGGACCUUGGAUAUUAAUGGAGCUUUGUAAAGAAGGGGCUAUGUUUGUCUAACCCAUAAAAAUGUAGUGAUGGCAUUUGUUGUUGCUAAAGUUUUGUCCCUCCUAAUUCAAGAAUAACCCCAGUGUAGCUCAUUUUCGUGACAGACGAAUGAAAAUGGAGAAAUUCUCAAUCAUAAAAAAUUGAUGUUUUCUUAAAAUCUCGUAGAUUUCCGGCGGAUAGAAUCUGUUGGUAUUUUACAUUGAAAAAACCCUGUAAAAUCGGCAAAUGAGAUUUUGUCUCAAUGCAAAGAGAAAGAAUUGAAACUCAUGUGCAAGUCUUAUUAAGUGUAGUUUUCUGUUUGGGAAUUGCUACUGAUCUCAAGAUUAUUCUACAGUGUUAUAAGCAAUAAAGGUUUUUUCAUUUUAAUUGACCUGAAAUUGGGGUUUCUGAAGAUACGAAACUUGAACCCUUAAAAUUCUUGUAACUCGAAGUCAAAUUUUUUAUUUGUUCCAUACACACAUUUACUUAAAAUACCAUCCAAAAAAGGUGUGGAUCAAUUUGAUUCAAGCAAUAAAAGUUGCUUACGAAGAGGAAAAAAACUCUAUUUAAUUUAUUUAAUUUAAGUAACUUCAUAUUUCUAAUAUUGAC